GCAAUUACCUCAAAAUGAAAAAAGAAGAAGAAAAUUGAACAAGGAAAAAGAGGAAGGGAAGAAAGCUCCCUCUCAAUAAAUCACAAAAUAAAACCCUAAUUAAAUACCUUUGAUCCGCAAUAUCUGUGGAAUUAGGGUUUUUAAACUCUCUCGAUUGCUUUACAUUCCUUCCCUCCAACUCAAGGACACAUGGCUAGUGCUGAAGGAAGCAAUGAUCCUGAAUGGGUAGAGAGAGUGAGAUCAGAGGGAGCUGUUCCACUACUUGAACCAGAUAACUGUCUAAAUGGUUGGGCAUGUCCGCCUGGGGAUAACUUCAUGGUAAGGGGUCCAGAGUACUUGUCAACCAAGGUUAAAGUCCCUGGUGGUAAAUAUCUUCUAAAGUCUCUUGGCUUUGACUGGGUUAAAACUUCCACAAAGCUAGGGGAGGUCUUGAGCCGUCAUGAUAACCGUGUUAGGAAAGUUGUUGAUGAUGCCUUUCCAACAGGUGAUAAGCCUUUCAUCUGGGCAUUCAAUCUUCAGCUCCCAACUAAGGAUAACUACAGCGCUGUAGCUUAUUUUGUAGCCACAGAGCCUAUUCCGGAGGGUUCUUUGAUGGACCAGUUCUUGAAAGGUGAUGAUGCCUUUAGAAAUUCAAGGCUUAAAUUGAUUGCAAACAUUGUCAAAGGCCCAUGGAUUGUAAGAAAAGCAGUUGGAGAGCAGGCAAUAUGCAUCAUUGGACGUGCCCUUUCUUGCAAGUAUUGUAUAUCUGAGAAUUUUUUGGAAGUUGAUAUUGAUAUUGGAUCUUCCAUGGUUGCAAGUGCAAUUGUUCGUUUGGCAUUUGGGUACAUCACAACGCUGACAGUUGACUUGGCUUUUCUUAUUGAGAGUCAAACUGAAUCAGAGCUUCCCGAACAACUCUUAGGAGCUGUACGGUUCUCCGAACUGAACCCUGAUUCAGCUCAGUUGAUUGAGCUGUCAACAGGUGGGAGCAGUGGGAAUACGCAGGCAUCACUGCCAACUCGCUUAUGGAAGUCAUUUGGACAGGGAUUUUCUCAUCUUCUUCAUCCAGGUGCUCAAGAAAGUGAUUCGAUCUCUUCUUCAACCCAUGUUAAUGGCACUGCUGGUCAUGAUGAAAGUGAUGGAGAUCUUAAGAAAUGGUGAGCUUUCAUGUCAAGCUCACAGUUAAAAAUUUCUGAAGUUGAAUGAGAUGAAAGUUGGAAUUUUGCUGUGUCUGGUUAUACAAGAAACUAAGUUUGUGUCUAUCAAACAACAAAAAAGGAAGAAAGAAAGAAACUAAGCUUGUGGCACACCUUUGAAGAGGGUGACGAGGUUUUUGAUAAAUAGCUCAAGGGUCUGCACAUGAUCUUUCUUUUUUCAGUUUUUUGCCUCCCCGAGUCCACCUAAAAGGAAACAGAAAAAAAUAACCCUCACAUCCCCCUUGUUUCUCUUCUAAUUGCACACAACUUGCCUGAGGUUGUCACCAUCGAUUUCUUGAUGUUUUCGACACCAUUUUCCCCAGCAACAAUAUCAAAGCCAUAAUAGAACCCCAAGUUUUGGAUGUCCUUGUGUAAUAUGCUUGUGGGAAGUAGCAGGUUUAUUGAUGUUUUUAAUUAGUUGUCCUUCUUAAACUUUCUAAAAGAUAUUGGAUUAGAGUAACCAUUCCCUAAUUUUUUAGGCCCUCCCUCUUUUUUGUCAGUUAUGUCAUGUUUUGGUUUCUGCUCUGUGAAGAAGUUUGGUGGUAUGUACUAACUGUUGAUAAGUCUAGUUUAUGCCGUCCCUUUUUUCCAUGCC